AUGGCUCAAUCAUCAUUAAAAAUUAAAAAAGCAGGUUCUACCAAUAAAGUUUCAAAAGUUGGUUUAAAUAAAAAAAAGAAACAACCAAAAUCAGUUAUUGCUCAAGCAAAAGCUAAAAUGAACAAAAAAUUAGAAUCAACCAUUACUCAAAAGAUUGAAACCGAAAUGACAAGUAGAUUUAAAAAGAAUAAUGGAAAGUUAUCAGUUUUAAAAUCUCAAGAAGAUCCAUCAAAGAAACAAGCAGCCAAAAAGAAAUAA